AUGCUGGAGGAAAGCAGCAUCGUCGAUCUGAGCAAGCAGCUGCUCGACCGCGACUCUGUUAGACCAGUGGUUGAAAGCGUGGAUGCCAUUCCAGGCAGUCAUCCUUGUCGGAUCAACGACUCUACGACUUUCCGUUGGCGCGAUGAGUUGCCCUACGCUGUCCCGUCGCCCGAAGUCCUGAAUAUGCUAUCAGACAGUUAUUUCAGCUCGGUCAACUGGUUCAUGAUGGCAAGUCUAGUUCUGGACGAAUCAAAAUUUCGCGCCCUGUCGACUCUUGCCCUGGCCGGGGAGUACAUGGAGACAUCCGAUCGCAACUUCUGUUUCUUGAUGUCCCUGGUCUGGGGUCUGGGGGCACACUAUCUGUGGACGAAUGAUGCGACAUCCUCCAGCUUACCGAUAAACGCAGCCUUGCGCUCGGAGAUGAUGAGCGUGGUCGAUGUUGCAUAUUCGAGAAUAAUGGCCGAUCCAAGUUUGGAAGCUGUUCAGAUUGCUAUUUUGUUGGGAAGCUUUCAUCUAUUCCAUGGCUUGCCUUAUCUCGGCUUUGCCAUCUUUGGAAGUGGCGUCCGAUGUGCCCAAGCGAUGGGUCUGCAUCGUCAAUCACGCAGCAGCACAUCCGAGACUCGCCUGGUUUGGUGGGCUUUGGAAAUUUGCGACAAGUACGCUGCUGUCGCAUUUGGGCUACCAUGCGGCAUCGAUGAUUCGGAUUGUGAUGUGCCCGAGAUCAACGACAGUGACAUUGUCACCCGCCCAAGGCCAGCAUCUCAUUCCGACCAUUCGCCGUCACCUUUGACGUAUCACAAGCUCAAGGGACGCCUGUACCGAAUCAUGGGCCCGUUCCUGGGUCGGAAAAGGCAGACGAAUCAGCUUCGUGGCCUCCUCGAAGUUCGCCGCGAGCUGACAGAAUGGCACACCAGCGUUCCGGACUGGCUCAAAUGUUCCGGCGAGGAUGGUCCAGGAUUCGAUGAUCGGCCUAUACAGCUGCAGGUGCAGGCCAUUGCUCUCCAAUUGGCCUACGAUAACCUUCAAAUGGUACUGUUUAGACAAGCUGUCUUUCCUAAGAACGUGCGAGAAGAUCAGGGUAUCCGACACUAUCGAGCGGACGGGAUCGGACAACUCUCUCAGUCUGCCACUCGCACCGCGAGCAUCUCGACUUUGGCGGCUUCGAGGCUGAUCUGCCGGUCUUCUCACGCCGCGAUGCACGUUGCCAUCUGCUCGUUCACGGCUGGAGUGAUUCUCUGCCUAAUGAUUGCCUCUCAACCAAAUAACCCCGAGAAGUCAACAUGGCUUGCAUCGCUGAAGAAAAUCAUCAACCUGUUCGAAGACUUUCCGAGCCAGAACUAUCGACUCGCCACUCAAAGUUUGGGGGUGUUGAAGGCAUUGGACUUCCGCGUGGAUCCCCAGACAGCCCGAGAGUCAGCCGAAGACAUCGGGCUCGGCAACCAACCACUGCUUCAGUCGGCCACCCAAAUCGUUAAUCCUUUGGACAAUCGGACGAUAUCAGAAGACGGCAAUAAUGCUGCAAGCAAUCCCCUGGAGCUCAAUUUUGGAGAUUUUGAUUUUGCGUCAAGUGCCGGGGGUCCCCUUGAAGACGUCGGACAAUUGUGGUUAUGGGAGGGCGAUCCUCCGAAUGAGGAGUGGAUGUCGAAUUUCACAUAG